AUGGGUGAACAUGGAGCAGGUAAAGCAUUUUUAAUCGAUUUUCUUGCGGGUGGAAUAUCGGCCGCAGUAGCUAAAACGGCCGUCGCGCCGAUCGAAAGGGUCAAGUUAUUACUACAGGUUCAGCAUGCCUCCAAACAGAUAUCAGCCGAUAAACAGUAUAAAGGGAUCUUGGAUGUUCUGAUUAGAAUACCCAAAGAGACUGGAUUUUUCAGUUUUUGGAGAGGAAAUAUGGCCAACGUCAUAAGAUACUUUCCUACCCAAGCUUUGAAUUUCGCUUUCAAAGAUAAGUUUAAAAAACUUUUUUUGGAUGGAGUUCCAAAAGAAGAUUUUUGGAGGUAUUUUGCUGGUAAUUUGGCUUCAGGAGGAGCAGCUGGAGCUACUUCACUAUUAUUUGUUUAUCCCUUGGAUUUUGCCAGAACAAGAUUGGGUGCGGAUGUAGGCAAAGGUGAUAAAAGAGAAUUCAAAGGCACAUGGGAUUGCAUAUCCAAAGUAAUGAAAUCUGAUGGACCAAUUGGCUUGUACCGGGGUUUCAACGUUAGUGUGCAAGGAAUAAUUAUUUAUAGAGCAAGUUAUUUUGGAUGCUAUGAUACAAUCAAAGCAACUUACUUGGCAGAUAUGAAAAAUCAAUCUUUUUUCACAAAUUUUUUAGUUGCUCAAGCAGUGACAAGUUUUUCUGGAAUCACAUCUUACCCUUUUGAUACUGUACGCAGAAGGAUGAUGAUGCAAUCCGGCAGGCCUGCCGAAGAACGAAUGUAUAAAAAUACUUUAGACUGUUGGUUCAAAAUAGCUAAAACAGAGGGAAUGACUGCGUUUUUCAAAGGAGCUUUCUCAAAUAUACUGAGAGGAACAGGUGGUGCACUUGUUUUGGUAUUUUACGACAUAGUUAAAGAAUCAAUUGAUGAUGCUUUAAAACCUUGA